AUGGGCCAGCCAAACAUAUCACAGAAUGCCGCCAGAGCAUCCUCGACGGCUGCUGGUUCAUCCUACGCAACGUCGCCUACUACCUAUACUACUCUUACCGAGGAAUCCCCGCUAUUUGUUUACCCAGAUCCUUGCCUACAAGAUGAAGGCCGCAAAGUCGAAAAUAAUGAAAUUCCCGAUGGAGGUCUCGUGGCAUGGACCCAGGUUCUGACCGGACACCUGGUUGUAUUCAAUGUAUGGGGCUAUAUUACAUCAUACGGCUUUUUCCAGGAAUACUACGUCAAAACUCUCCAAGUCAGCCCAGCAAAUGCAUCGUGGAUCGGAGCGGUGCAAAUGUUCCUAGUUCAUUUCCUGGCCACUUUCUCAGGCCGAGCAAUGGAUGCGGGCUAUCUGAGACAAUGUAUCGCUCUUGGGUGUUUCUUUCAGGUUGCCGGAGCAUUGGCGACCUCAUUCGGCACAAAGUUAUGGCAUUUUUGGCUAGCGCAAGGCAUAGUCAGCGGAAUUGGCCACGGCCUCGUCUUUAGCCCCAUGAUCUCGCUGUAUGCGACAUACUUCAACUCCAAGCGAGUGAUGGCCGUCUCGCUGGCUUCUUGCGGGGCGGCGACUGGGGGCAUGGUUUUCCCAGUGGUCGCUUAUAAGUGUUUGAACAAUAUUGGUUUCGCAUGGACCGUCCGGGUCAUGGCGGCCAUUAUCCUGUUUAACAGCGUUAUAAUUGUCAAGUUUACCAGGUCUCGGAUUAUACCUAGGGGUUCUCCUCCCUGGGUGGAUUUUAGUGCGUUCCGUGAACGUCCUUACCUCCUUUUUUCGAUCGGCUCAUUCUUGAUCUUCGAAGGUAUUUACUUUGCAUAUAUUUAUCUUAGACAAUUUGCCCAGGCUCACACCGGUUUCACGGCAUCUGACUCACUUCUCCUUCUAAUCCUCAUGAACGGUGUUGGUGUUCCAUCCCGCAUUGCAUCUGCAUUUGUGGCAGACCGAUGGCUGGGCGCAGUAAGGACUUGCAUUGCGGUCUCCAUCCCUUGCGGCAUCGCCAUUCUAGGGUGGAUUGGUGUACACACUCAUGUUGGCAUGUUCAUUUGGGCUACAGUCUAUGGGCUACUGGUCAAUUGUGCGCAAAGUCAAUUGCCCGCUGCCAAUGCGUACUUUGGAUCCAAAGACCCGGAGAAAUCCGGCACACGUGUUGGCAUGAUCACCACGAUCAAUAGCAUCCCACUCUUGACUGGGCCGUACAUAGCAGGGCAGCUGAUCGCAUUACAGGGGGUGAUUACCUGUACGCGCAGUUAUUUGGGGGUAUUUGCAUUUUGA